AUGCUCAACGAAUUGAACGAAGCAGGGAAGAGAAUUGGACUACGAAUAAACAGAAAGAAGACACAGUUCAUGAAGAACACCCUCUGCGAGGACGGAGGAGUACAACUUGAAGGCUUCCAAAUCGUGGAAACUCCGUCAUACGUAUACCUCGGACGUUCUAUGAACAUGGAAAACGACUUGAAGGGAGAGCUGAAUAGAAGAAUGAGAGCAGCAUGGGCAGCAUUCGCAGCCGUCAGGGAAGCUACGGACCAACUGACGGACCAAGAUCUUCGUGCCCAUCUGUUCGACUCGACAGUCCUUCCAGCGCUCUGUUACGCAGCGGAGACGUGGGCAGACAUUGCGGCCACGUCUAGGAAGCUACUUACCACCCACAGAGCCCUUGAGAUAUGUCCCCUGAAGUUUAACCGGCGCACACAACACCUAGCCGGUCUUCGUAGCUCCGACUUAAGAGGAAUGUCCCGUCUUCGCGACCCAGCCGAAUAUGUAUCGAAAGAAAAACAUAGAUGGGCCGGUCACAUCAUGGGAAGAAUCGACGAUAGAUGGACUAAAAGAACAGGUGUCUCGAAGUCUAGAGUGGAUCCCGCUGUCUCGAAGUCUAGAGUGGAUCCCAAGGGACGCUAA